AUGCACAGCCAGUCCAGGAAGCGCGCACAGUCUGCUCAGCCUGCCCAUCAGACCUCUACCCCACAGUCUGGUGUCAGGCACUCUACCUCCAAUCUGCACUCAAUCCCGGAGGAACUUACGACCGUGGGUACAAGCCAGGACUGGCAUCAAGCUUUCAAUCUCGAUCUGGCUGAUCAACCGAUCAGGGGAGGAAUCUCAUACCGUAGCUCUGCGCCACCGGCUUACUCCCCUGGCCGAACUUCGCAAAAGGACAGACCUGACUCUAUCGUGCGUUUGUCGAUGCCUCACAUGACCCCCCAAGAAGAUGCUAUGUCGCAAUCGACUCCGAGUGUGGACGAGAUGAUGGAUGUGGAUGAUUGGAAGCAGUUCCAGUCGAGGGGAAGCGGAGAGGACAGGGGGAGCCUUUCACAUAGAGGUGCGUAUGAAGAUGCCGAUGAAGCUGGUCAGUUGAAGGGGGAGAUUCUGGAUGACGACUCGGACCGAGGUGACAUGUUCAUAGUAAAUCGCGAUCACACAGGAAGCCCACCUCUGUCCAAUGACGAGUCAGAGGAGACUGAUGAAUUGGAUAAUACCGACGAGGAAUCGGAGGAGACAAUCCACCAGCCGCAGAGCUAUACACCUGUGUCAGAUGUCAAGGAGGACAUCGAGGAGGGCAUCAAGGAGGUCGUCGAGGAGGAGGGCAAGGAGGAGGACAAGAAUGAGAAUGAGGACAAUGAUAAGGAUGAGGACGAGGACGAGGACGAUGAUGAGGAUGAGGACAAUGACGAGGACAAGGAUGAACGAAGUGUUCCUGUCCAGCCCUCACCUGUCUUUCAGAGCCGCCCAUCUCACAGAGUCAUACGCAGGCCAAAAGGACGUGCAUCUGCUGCUAAAGUGGAUGCCCCUCGACGCCGAAGCAGUCGACUCUUGGCUGGUCCUGUAGUGUCUACCGCUGCCACUAUUAGUGAACGUGAGCGCAGCGCACUCACCCCCGAUCCAACUACACCUCCUCCUACUCACCCACCGAAGCGUCAAUGUCACAAGGUCUUUCAGACGGCACAGAAGUCUGUGGGGUUGCCGACAGGUGAACGUGGCCCACUUGACAAUGCCUCUGGAAUGUUACAAGCCUCCGAUGACCUGCAUGUGGUCUCUCAGCUGCCAAGCCCGGUGUCAGUUGUUUCCAAUGUCAUCUCCAAUUCUGACGUGUAUUGCUUUCUCUGCCAACAAGGUGGAGACUUGGUCGACUGUGACCAUCCUAACUGCGGCAGAGCUAUUUGCUUGCAUUGCAUUCCAGAUCUCCAGCAGUGGAAUAUGACUGAGCAGAUGCAGUUUGAAUGUCCGGCCUGCGCUACAAAGCAUGGCGGUGGUGCAAUGCAGGUAUACCAUGGCCUGUAUAGUGUCCAAUCUGCGGAAAAACCUUGGGUACCAUUGACGAAAGGUCUUCAGAUUCUUGGCAAGCCUGAGAUAUCACAGACCGCAAGCUACAAGCCUACCCGCAUGCUAAUUCUUAUUUAUACACACUCGCACGACGACACCGGUGACUUGUUUUACAGCAGCCACUGGGUAGGCACAAUUGAUACUUUCUUCAAAUUUGUUGUCUGUGAAGACCUGAUGGCGCUCUCCCGAGAGGUGCUGACAACAUUUGCGCUGCUGGCUUGUGGUUCCGUGGUGUCAAAGGCAGCUCCUGGGGAAGACUUGGUCACAGUUUGUACACGCUACAAGCUCCCCCGGGUUUUGGCAUUCACAGCACCGGUGCUGUCUUCUAUCAGUGCAGCCCCCUUCUUUUUUGGAUUCGUGCGCCGUGUGUUUAUUGAAGGAGCCACUGUCGGUGACCUGCUGAUGAGCGAACUUCUCGCCAGUUCAGGCCCAUUGGGCAGGCACUCCAGGGUCAUUCUCUUAGAAGAAACCACUCAGGAUCGUGUCAUCAGCCGUGGUGAUGCGACGACUGGUGAUUUGGAUAAGGCCAGGCGUAAGCGAGCAUGGGCAGAGUCCUACAAGCUGACCAUCUCAGAGUACAUCUGGGAUCAUCCCAGGAUCAGCCCCUAUGGCAAUCGGGUUCCAAUGCAGUGUGACACUUGUCUUCGCUUAGGCACUUUCAUCUUCUUCGAUCGUAAGGGCACUUCUCCCCAGACUCAUUGCUAUCACUGCAAGCAUUGUCAUGCUGAGUGGAGCUUUGAGCCUCCGCAGGAUGGCAGGCUUCUGAAGGAGUUCAACCAAGGCGCCUGGGUGAAGGUUAUUCAGCAGUAG